AAGUCACUCAUCCAACACAGUGUCACUUUCGUAAUAAUACUGCUAGACAAGACUUUCAACAACGACAUAGAAGAUCCUUCACUCUCUUCCUGCGCGGAGCUCACUCAUUCUUCAAUGCUUACCCAUUCGCGUACUCCCUUAAGCCUUUUUGACCCACUCGCUCUUCGCCCCGCUGGAAACAUGGCAGUUUCCGGCGAACGCCGACCUCUCGACGGCUUUCUACCUCACGGGCUCACCUCCAAGACUCCCUUCCCCAGCCUCAAGCUCUGCGUCCUCAUUGGAAUCCUUAGCCUUUCCGCGCUCUCCAUCGUUCUCCUCAUAUACCUCUGCAUACGUCUCCGCCGGACCUCGAAGAAGCACAAUACGCUAGGGAAAGAGACGAAUUCGAGGGCAUCAUCAGGACCUUCCUAUGAGGUUUUCCUAAGCUUUCGAGGAGCGGACACCCGCCAUGAAUUCACCGAUUUUCUUUACCAUGGCAUGGAUGAUGCCGGGAUCGUCAUCUUUAGAGACAGUGAAUCCCUCCACGUCGGUAAAAGGAUCGGCGAUGAACUUCUACGAGCAAUCGAGAACUCCAAGAUCUACAUCUCCGUCUUCUCCAAGAAUUAUGCUUGGAGUCACUGGUGCCUCCGACAGCUCGCACACAUGGUUGAGUGCGCCUCCAAAUCGAACGGGAAUAAAGAGAUCUUGCCGAUUUUCCUGGACGUGGAGCCCGACGAUGUCAAACUCAAAACAAACUUAUACAGCAAAGCACUUUCGAAGCACCAGAAGAAGUUUUGCACUGAAGUUGAAUCAUGGAAAAAGGCCCUUAUUGAGGUGGACGAGGUAAAGGGAUGGAACUGGAAGAGAGAUGAAGGCCAAGCGGAUUUGAUAAAAUCUGUAAUUGAAACUGUGUUGGAUAAGCUGAACGCCGGAAAUAAAAAGAUUGUGACUGAAAAUCUAGUUGGAGUUGAUGAUCGUGUAGAAGCUCUUAUCAAAAUGUUGGAUGUGGGAUCUGAUAGCGUACAAUUUCUCGUAAUCCACGGAAUGGGCAGGAUUGGCAAAACAACACUUGCCAAGUGCGUCUUCAACCGGCUAUCUUCUUACUUUAGAGACCGCAAUUUUCUGUCAAACGUUCGAGAGUCAUCACAACGCCACGGUAUGACAACAAUACUUUUUGGAUGCAUGACCAAGUACGGGACCUUGGAAGGGAAAUCGUUCGUCAAGAGAAUUGCGAAGAUCCUAGCGAACGAAGUAGAGUAUGGAAUCCUGAAGAAACCUGGAGCAUUUCAAAGGGUAAAGAGGGGAGUACCAAAAUUAAGGCACUGUCACUUGGACGUCGUCAAGGCAUUCUAA